AUGGGCAACGAAAAUUCAAUUCCUAUGGAGCUUUGUUCGAACUCACGUGUUAACUGCAUUGAUUUUAAGGUGGAGAACUUCGACGCGGACGAGAUCCGGCGGCUCGGCAAGCGCUUCCGCAAGCUGGACCUGGACAACUCGGGCGCGCUGUCCAUCGACGAGUUCAUGUCGCUGCCCGAGCUGCAGCAGAACCCACUCGUGCAGCGCGUCAUCGACAUCUUCGACGCGGACGGCAACGGCGAGGUGGAUUUCAAAGAGUUCAUCCAGGGAGUGUCGCAGUUCAGCGUGAAGGGAGACAAACUGUCUAAGUUGCGUUUCGCGUUCCGCAUCUACGACAUGGACAACGACGGCUUCAUCUCUAACGGCGAACUAUUUCAGGUUCUCAAAAUGAUGGUCGGGAACAACCUGAAGGACACGCAGUUACAGCAGAUCGUGGACAAGACGAUCCUGUUUGCAGACAAGGACGAAGACGGCAAAAUCUCCUUCGAGGAGUUCUGUAACGUGGUGGGCAAUACCGACAUACACAAGAAAAUGGUCGUAGACGUC